AUGGCCCUCGCGCUCGCGACGACCCCACUCGCGCAUCUCGCCCUUGCCCCGCCCCCGAUCUCCGGCUCCCAGUCCUCGCUGCUGCUGCUCCCGCGCCGCGCGGCGCCCGCCCCCGUCUCCUUCUCCCUCCCCCUCCGGUCCCGCCUCAUCGCGGCCGUCGCGACCAAGGAGGAACCCGAGCUCGGCGGCGGCGGAUCGGGGGGUGGCGACGGUGCGGGAGGAAGAGGAAGUGGCGGCGGCGGCAGCGACCCGAGGGAAGGAGGGCAGGAAGGGGAAGGGGAUGGGGAGGAAGAGAAGAUGGAGCAGGGCCUGUCCUUGUCGCAGAAACUCACUCUCGCCUUCGCCGCGCUCGUCGGAGCUGGUGGUGUAAUGGGAUAUAUGAAGAGUGGAAGCCAGAAAUCCUUGGCUGCAGGAGGCAUAUCAGCCCUGGUCCUGUACUUCGUCCACACUCAACUCCCAGUGAGACCUGUCUUUGCAUCAUCAAUUGGUUUAGGUAUAUCCGCCGCGCUUCUGUCAGUGAUGGGGUCACGCUUCAAGAAGUCCAGGAAGAUAUUCCCAGCCGGUGUCGUGUCCCUUGUAUCCCUAGUCAUGGUUGGAGGCUACUUCCACGGGAUCUUGCGUAGCUCGCACGCGUGA